UCUUCGAUUUCAAACUUCGAAAAAAAAGAAGGUCCAAGUCAUAAGGGAAAGAAGAAGAAUUUUUGUGUUUUUUUCUUAUUUUGGAGAUUUGGGUUUUGAUUUUUGAUUCUUUUGGAGCAAGAAUUUCCAGGUAAACUUAAAAAAAUUACUGUUCAGUUGACAUUUUCUUGGUGUUUCUUUUGAAUUCUUUGAUGAUUAAUUGGCUUUUAUUUGAAUUGGAUUGUUAUAUUUGUUUCUGGGUUUUCAUUGUGGUUGUAUUAGUUUUCUGGGAAAUGAAAAAAGUAGCCGAGUUUUAAGUGCUUUAUGUGCUUAUAUUUUAUUUCCAUUAAUACUUUGUAAGCAAAAGUUUCUGGGUUUUUGUUUUUUAAUUAGAAGUUGUUUGUUUUGCGGGAAAAUUGGUUAGUUUUCACUUGAAAAGAUUGUCAAAGAUUUUCUCUUUCUGGUUUCUUUAAAGUAAAUUUUAGCUCUCUUGUUUUGGGAGCCAGAUAAUCAUUAGGAUUUGGGCUGUUUCAAGUUGAGGUUGGUUCUGGUUUUCUAACUUUUUGCACAUAUAUAUCUUGUCUUUCAUAAAGUAGUAGGCAAUAAUCAGAAGCAAAAUUCUUUUAUUUGAUUCUUGAAUGUUUCAAUGCGUUGAAUGUUUUAUUCUAUAUGAUUGGGAAAGAUUGACUGGUUUUGUUGUGCCAAGAAUUCAAUUUGUUAAGCUUUUUAUGUGUUGUAAUUGUUAACUAUUGCAGCUUCUGAUUUAGUUCAGAAAUAAAAAAGAGAAAUUAUUAUGAGUAUCAACUCAAAAACUCUGCAUCAAAUUCUUUGGUUAUAGGUUUCAAAGUGGAUUUAGGUUGUUAGUGAGGAAACUUAUGUCUGCAGCUCAUGCAAAAAUUCUAUGUAAUUGGACAGAAUUUUGACAUUGUUGAUCAAGCAACAUCCUUACAUAUUUUGUUUAUUGGAUUGCUGACCAAGAAAUUAUAAAUUAAUUCUAUUAGGACUUCAGAGGGAUUACUGUUUACUAUUUGCAGUAGAUUGUCUGGCAACAAAUUAUGGAUUGAUUCUUGGAGGCUAAGUUCUUGCUAUGAUGUAGUCAAAGCUAGACUGUCCACAUGGCUUUAGCUCUUCAAUUUGGAUCUCUCUCUCUCUCUCUCUCUCUCUCUCUCUCUCUCCAGUUUUGCCUGUCAUCUACAAAAUGUAAACAUGUAGAACUUAACUGUUCUUUGCACAGUUUUUGCAGGCCAAUUUUGUUUUCCUGAAGGUUUAACUUCUAUUACAGUGUUGAAGUUUCUUGUAGUCAUCUGUGACAAAGGUUUCGCCAAUCCCAUCCUUAACUGGUGAUAAAUUUUCUGAGAUAUGUUCAUCACGUUGGAAAGCUGAUGCCAAACUCAUAGCAUGGACUCGCACCGGCUUUUCAGUUAUGGUGUGACUGGUGCGGGCAUAUCCUACUCAACCUCCUAUUCAACUGUUCCUUCAAUACCUAAUAGGCUGUUUAGUUCUUUGAAAUCUGACAUAGGAAACUCACCCAACUCGCCCUUUUGCACUCAAUUUGAUUUUGGUACCAUUACCACAUUGAGCGACAGCCUGGAGCAGCAUAGCUCCACAGAUAAUCUUUCAGGACUCAGCCCUUCUUGUAACUCUUCACUUGAAUCCAAUACUUAUUUCCAUCGAUUGAGUCCCUCUCUUGACUGCAGGCGUGAAAGCGUACCACUGUUUUCUGGAGGAACUUAUAUACAGGAUGCAAAUUCUAGCCACAAAAUAAUAUACACUUUGCAGGAACUAGAGACUGCACUCAUGGCACCUGAUGAGGAUGAAGUAACCACCCCAAAUAUUUCCUGUGGGGAAAGUAGUGGACCACACACAACAGACCAGAGAUCUAGGGCAUGGAGUCAGGAGCGCCAAGGAUCUUUGGUGCUUCAGCCUCAGACCUCCUUUAUCUCUAGGCAUAGGCAGUCAACUGAAGUUGCUCAGGUUGAGAAACGUCAGAAAGCAAUAGAGGAUUUGUCUUUGCAGGGUAUUCCGCCUGGCAAUCUGAAGCAGUUGUUGAUUGCAUGUGCUAAAGCUCUCUCUGAAAACAAAAUGGAUGAAUUUGACAAGUUGAUUCUGAAGGCUAGAGCUGCUGUAUCUAUCCGUGGAGAACCAAUCGAGCGUCUUGGUGCUUACAUGGUGGAAGGGUUAGUAGCAAGGAAGGAGGCAUCGGGGUCUAUUAUAUAUCGUAGCCUUCAUUGCAGAGAGCCUGAAGGCAAGGACUUACUUUCCUACAUGCAGAUCCUGUAUGAAAUCUGUCCCUACUUGAAGUUUGGCUACAUGGCAGCAAAUGGGGCCAUUGCUGAAGCAUGCAGAACUGAAGAUCGCAUCCACAUUAUCGAUUUCCAGAUUGCUCAGGGAACACAAUGGGUGACCCUCUUGCAAGCACUUGCAUCCAGACCAGGUGGAGCUCCUCACAUCCGGAUUACAGGAAUUGAUGAUCCUGUUUCUAAUUAUGCUCGUGGUGGUGGAUUGGAAGCUGUUGAGAGACGUUUGGCAGCACUGUCCGAGAAGUUCAAUAUUCCAGUUGAGUUUCGUGGAGUGCCAGUUUUUGCACCAGAUAUCAAAAGGGACAUGCUUGAUGUCAGGCCUGGGGAGGCUCUGGCUGUCAACUUCCCUUUGCAGCUCCAUCACACCCCUGAUGAGAGUGUUGAUGUGAACAAUCCUAGGGAUGAGCUUCUGCGAAUGGUGAAGUCACUUUCUCCCAAGGUUACCACAUUGGUAGAGCACGAAUCAAACACAAACACAGCCCCUUUCCUCCCCAGGUUCAUAGAGACUCUGGAGUACUAUUUGGCAAUGUUUGAAUCCAUAGACGAGACACUGCCAAGGGACCAAAAGGAGCGAAUUAACAUGGAGCAGCACUGCCUAGCCAGGGAAAUUGUGAAUGUCAUUGCUUGUGAGGGAAAGGAGAGGGUGGAGCGCCAUGAGCUCUUCGGUAAGUGGAAGUCUAGGCUAACAAUGGCAGGAUUCCGGCAAUACCCUUUAAGCUCAUAUGUCAAUUCCGUGAUAAGAAGCCUGUUGAGGUAUUACUCAAAACAUUAUACACUGGUGGAGAAGGAUGGUGCUAUGUUGUUGGGUUGGAAGGAUAGGAACCUCAUAUCGGCUUCUGCUUGGCACUGUGGCAGCUGAGAUACAUGGAAAGGUAGUAUAGAAAUAAUCAGUUCAUUUUUUUAUAGGCUACAGACAUAGAUAGUUUUGUCCUGUGGUACUGAUGGAUGAUGACAAUGUAGUAACAGCUGUCGGAUUAUAUAUUGAAUGCUGUUGCAUAACAUACAUAUAUAAUCCAAAAGGGUGACAUUUUCUGAUAAUUUUCCCAUACCAUUAGGCAGUCACCACUGUUUGUUGCGUAGAUAUCUCGUUCCUUAUGUUCAUUUUUUUCUUUGAUAGGACUCGAUGUACCAUUUGAUGCAGCUGUAUAAGAAUAUUGAGGGAUUCAUUUUA